UGGGGGGGAUCACAUGUCCACACUGGCAAAUAUCUGCUGAAAACAGCAGGAGUUUCACAUCCACUGUGUGUUGGUGAGUGUUUGCGCAUGCUCCAGCUCUCACUGUGUUGGGUGUGUAACACCAUAAAUACCCUUGUCGGGUGCGAAGAACCUUUUGUGCAAGUGCCACUGGUGGAAUUCAUGUGUGUGUGGAAACUACAAGAUGAAGGUCUUACUGUACGUGUGUUUCAUCUUGUUUGUUACCGAUAAGGCAACUGGACAGUCACAAGACACCAUCUGUAAUGGUGUUGAUGACUUUGACGAAUGUCUGAAUGAGGUGGCGAACUGUGAUGUGAAAAUUAGCAGAUGUACCUGUUUCAAUGGACAACCAUUCUGUGCAACAGUCAAAAAGUGAAGAAGUGAUGACACCCAAGACAGCCUCUAAAGAGCAGGACUUGUUCCCUGGCAUUUCUUUUGCUUCUGAUAUGAAUGGUCGGCCUCCCCCUAACAUGAGACCUGUACAACAAGGUCAUAUUCCCAUGACAGCCAUGCCUAACCAUCCCAUAUCAAGUGGGAUGCGUGAUCCUCAAAUGGGAGGUCCUGCUCGGCCCUAUAGUGUAUCCAGUGGUCUGCGCCCGUCUGUUGACAGCAUGCCUGAUGGACGACCUCGUGAGCCAAACAGCAUGUACACCGGGAUGCGUGACCCUCCUAUGGGAGGUCCUGUGCAGCCCUACAGCAAUGGCGCAGUUCGGGGUCAGAUUGUUAGCAACCCUUAUGCUAGAGAUUCACCCAGCCGAAACCCCUAUGAAGAGCACAGUCCUUCUGCAGACCACCACAGUGAUUACAGACCACGUGCCCCUUCAAACACAUAUGAUGAACUGAAACACAACCAGCCCUAUUCCCCUGCUCCACUCUACGGUUCCUCUGAGCAUGGAAACCUCCGCAAUGGAUUUCCACGACCCCAAUUAAGUCUACGAUACUAGAUA